ACAUUUUAACAAACCCAACAAUAAAUUCAUAACUUUCAUUGGUGCCAAAAAAUUUCACCAUGAAGUGCUGGCAAUUUUUGUUAAAUUAACGAAAGGAAUAAAAAGUUAGAGUGCAGCUGUCAAAUGUUACUCUUACAAAUUAUUGUUUAUAACAGUUGUAGAGUUUCUUAUCCAAGAAGAAGCUGCAAAACACACAACAGAAUAGCGAGAGAUUGGAAAAAAUAUUAAUUCUCAACAAAUUUCAUUGAAAUAAGUUAUUUACGUGCGUGUGUGUACAUGUGAAACUAAAUUACAUAUCAGAGUAGUUGAGCACCGAAAUGGAGAGGAAAAUAAAACUUAAAACUCUGAAUAGUCACAUAACUUGCAAAAUAUGUAGAGGAUACCUGAUAGACGCAACAACGGUUACGGAGUGUCUUCAUACUUUUUGCAAAAGUUGUCUGGUCAAACAUCUUGAUGAAAAAAACACUUGUCCUCAGUGUCAAAUAGUCAUUCAUCAGUCACACCCUCUUCAAUAUAUAAGCUUUGACAGAACUAUGCAAGACAUAGUGUAUAAAUUAGUUCCUGAUCUUCAAGAAAAUGAAAUAAAACGAGAAAGAGAAUUUUAUAGAUCUAGAGGUUUGCCCUGUCCAAAAGAUGUUUUACCAAAUUCUGGUGAUGGUGAGGAUGAAAAAGCAAAUGCAGAUACGCAUGCUGAGUCAGAUUACCAUAGAAAUGAUGAACAGGUUAAUGUUUGUUUGGAAUGUAUUAAUUCCAGUUUAAAGACAUUAAAACGUGGUUUCAUAAGAUGUUCGGCCCAAGCAACUAUAACUCAUUUGAAAAAAUUUAUAGCCAAAAAAGUUUUAAAUGGAAUGGAAAAAUAUCGCGAUAUCGACAUUCUUUGUAACAAUGAAUUAUUAGGAAAGGAUCAUACUCUUAAGUUUGUUUAUGUAACAAGGUGGAGGUUUCAAAAUCCUCCUUUGCGACUACAGUACCGACCAAGAAUUGAAAUUUAA